AUGUCAACACAGCUCAAGAAACUGGAAAAACUGGUCCGAGGGAUGAUUGCCUUAGUGGGAUUUCUAGGUGAGACCUUCCUGAUUGUGCCUGAAUGGAUACCCCAGUCCCUGUCAGGUUCCCUCCUUUCUGCAGUGAGGACAGCCGUGGGGGCGUACAACUUUCCGCUUCAGAGGAAACGUGGGCUCCAAGAGGUCACAGCGCUGGGACGGGAUUUCGACCCCGCGCUGCCCUCAAAGGCCAUCUCCUCGCAGCUCCGCUCCCGCCGGCAGCUUCCUGCCGUGAAGGACCCAGCCAGGGACUCGGGCUCUCCUUGGGCUCAGCAGGAAGCCUUACGGCGGAGCAAGGAGGAAGUGGCCCUGAGCAUGAGCGCUGCAGGCCCGGGGCUGAGCAGCAUCUGCCUGCCCAGGAGAGCCUCACCCUGGCCUGUCUUUAGGAAAACGCAAGACUCCCAGCAGUGUGUACUGGGAGGAGUGUUACCACUCUGGAGGAGUCGGGCCUGGCUGCGGAUCUCAGCUUUCCGGCUGCUCGCAGAGGCACUUAGGCCGGCCACUGUGGGCCUGGGCUUCCUCAUCUCAAGAGAUGUGGCCAGAAUUAUCACCAAAGAGGCUUCCAAGGGCUCACCACACACACAGCCCGAUGCCUGUGAAUUCUUUGUGGGGAUUUGGGAACAGCUUGUCUUACACAAGGACGAAGGAAAAGGUCAGGGAUCCAGUGGAAGAGAUGUUCUUGGUGUGCGGCCUCUCAGGGAGGUGGAAAGAGCAUUGAGAAGUGUGGGCAAGAGCAGUUUACUGUUGCGUUUUGCAGACAACACUUUCUCAGGCAGCUACAUCACCACGAUCGGAGUGGAUUUCAAGAUCCGGACCGUGGAGAUCAAUGGAGAGAAGGUGAAGCUGCAGAUCUGGGACACAGCGGGGCAGGAGCGCUUCCGCACCAUCACCUCCACGUAUUAUCGGGGGACCCACGGGGUCAUUGUGGUUUACGACGUCACCAGUGCCGAGUCAUUCGUCAACGUCAAGCGGUGGCUUCACGAAAUCAACCAGAACUGUGAUGAUGUGUGCCGAAUAUUAGUGGGUAAUAAGAAUGACGACCCUGAGCGGAAGGUGGUGGAGACAGAAGAUGCCUACAAAUUUGCCGGGCAGAUGGGCAUCCAGUUGUUUGAGACCAGCGCCAAGGAGAAUGUCAACGUGGAAGAGAUGUUCAACUGCAUCACGGAGCUGGUCCUCCGAGCAAAGAAAGACAACCUGGCAAAACAGCAGCAGCAGCAACAGAACGAUGUGGUGAAGCUCACGAAGAACAGUAAACGAAAGAAACGCUGCUGCUAAUGGCGCCCAGUCCACUGCAGAGACUGCACUGCGGUCCCUCCCCCAGCCCGAGGCCCGUGGAGAUUCCUCGGGGGACAGUCUCAGUUUCGUGCCGUUAUUUAAAGAAUUCUCUCCAUGUUUUUGUAUCGGGAGGUGCCAUCGGCACUUCCUCCCCCGCCCUCCUCGAGUGCCAAGAAGGUGUUGGACCAGCCCGCCCUUCCCUAUUGGUGCCCCCUUCUCCCUGGCCAAGGUGCCUGGACCUGGCGAGGACGCUGCCCGCCGAGCGGACUGAUUCGCAGAGUCUGUACAUAGUGUAUAUUGCUCUAUCCGGCCGCACACCACGUCCUGCUCUGGCUUUUGCCUCCUUGGUGCCAGCCUGCUGCAGCGGACUCUCCCCGCGCCCCUCCCCAGCCCAUCUUACUGCAAGCAGCGUCCUGAGGAGACAGUGUCACUAGCUGCGUCUUCAGCCAGCCUGUGCCAAUGGAGUGGGCUCCACGUUGCUCAUUCUCUCCGACAGGCUGUCAGCUUCUGUCCCUGGCACGCAGGGUCUUGCCCCUUCUCCGGGGCCUGCGCCAGCUCCCUUCCCUCCCUGUUCUGCCCCCACAGCCAUUCUGGGAGCUGGGGAACCCGGUCUCGAGGCAGGCCCUGCAGUUCCACAGAGGUGGCCAGUCUUGCCCUUUGGCCAACAGAUUUCUUGUCCUGCCUUCUAGAUGCCUCUGAACUCCAAACCCAGGGGAGCCAUGGCUUCUCAUUUCUAUCGACAGUUUUCAGUUCCAACAGAAAGGUCGGGGUAGGUUCGUGCAGAGACGGGGCUGGCAGGGGGGCUAUGGGAGCAUUAUUUUAACAGAUCAAGAAAAUGAAGCCAAAUCAAGUGAAUUAAAUUCCUCACAAUUAUUUUCUUUCCCUGAGGUUUGAUUGGCACAGCAGCAAAAGUUGAGGCCACCCCACUUUGUGUCCACUGUUUUUAGAAAAAAAUGAAUGGCUUCCUGCCAUUGUGGGGCUGGGCUCUUUGGCUUUUCUUGGUGGGAACAGAGAAGGGGCCUCCCACCCUUGUCCGAGUUGCCUCCCACUGGAGGUCAGGAGUCUAUGCUGCAGCCUCAGGCACCUGUGGGGAGUGCAUGCCUGGGGCCUCUGGGCUGGGACUGUGGACAGGCCUUGGUCACUGUCCUAACCUUUGUCAGGACAAAGGUAGCAAGAGGACUUCCUAGUGGGUGGGAAGGAAUGGCUGGGGCAGCCAGUUUUGACAUGCCCCAGUCCCCUGGAGAAAAACCAGGGUCAGUCAUCUGCGCUUGAUGACUGCUCCCCUGCCCCCAGCCCGGACACCUCAUUCCCCUCCCCCUACAGGGAUCAAGUGACCUGGGAAGAACUGAGUUCAACACCAGGAUGUGUUUCCUUAGAUUUCCUUUCCUAGGCGAUUUCCAGGGAGAGCCCUGAUCGGACAAUCACAUCACAGAUCACACUGCAGUUUCCAUGUUAGCACUGUGGAUGGAUUUUUAAUCAAUAAAAACGGGGUUUCUUCUCACCCGUCUCUCCACUUGCCCAAACUGCCAAAGGCCGGUGGUUCUGGGACAGGCCUUCACUUUGGAGCCACAGGAUGGGGUGGGGGAGCUCCGUGGGCCUGGGAAGGAAGGUGCUGUGGAGGGGGCUGCAGGGCUGACCAGCAGGCAGCCUCAUCUGGUCGGUGGGGUCAGCAGGAGCAGAAGCAGGGUCUCUGUCUUUGGGACUGUCCUGGUUGGCCACCGGCCCUGUGAGGAUGCACGGUGCUUGGGGCUCCUGUACCGUUGGGUGGGGGGCAUGCUGGCCUCUGAGCGAUCAGGUGAGGCCAGCAAGGGUGUGCUUGCAAAUUCAAGCAAUAAGAAGGGGGGGGGGGUCCCUGGGAGCUUCCAGCCCAGGCUAGAAGCCCCCAUGGCUUCUGGCAGCUGGACAUCAGCCCCAGGUGUUGGGGUGAUUUUGGUCAUGACAGUGUGCCUGUCCCACUGUUACACGCAUGAAUGGGGGUUAUGGGGUGGGGGUGGGGACUCAGGGCUGGACCGAUGUCCUAGUGGACCUGAUGUGAAAUUCCUGUCAAACACACACCACUUUUAAAUGGUUUGCUAGGAGUAUUUCUGUAUUGAAAGUUUCUAAUUAUGCUUUUUAAAAAAAUACUAAAAAUAAAGGUUCAAGCUGCCAAAUUUU